ACUGCCUACUCUUAUAACAUAGUAUUUACUAUUUACAUACUUUUUUCUUGUUUUUUAAAGUUUAAUUGUUGAAAUAUGAAUCGCUUUACUCAAAAAAUUAUAAUACUAAUUAUGGGUGUAAUAUUUACUAUAAUUUACUGCGAGUUUCUUAUUUAUUAUGUAGUUAUUACACAGUGCAGUUGGCCUACGCCGGAGAAGACUGAUGAUCAAUCUGAAGUGCUGAAAACUUUGAUAUUGACUGACACUCACUUGUUGGGUCCACGAAAAAGUUAUUGGGUGGACAGAUGGAGACGAGAAUGGCAAAUGCAUCAGGCUUUCAAAACUAUAAUUGCUCUCCAUGAGCCCGAAGUAGUUUUUGUAUUAGGAGAUUUGUUUGAUGAAGGAGAAUUCAGUAGUGAUCAGCAAUUCCAUGAAUAUGUCUAUCGAUUUUAUAAGGCAUUUCAAGUUCCUGAUCAUAUAAAAAUGUAUAUUAUAGUUGGCAAUCAUGAUAUCGGAUUUCACAAUAAUAUCAGGCGUGGGUCUGCUGAACGAUUCAAUAAAUUGUUAAAUUCUCCUGCUGUACAAUUUCUAACACUGAAAAGUAACCACUUUGUACUUUUAAAUUCAAUGGCUAUGGAAGGAGAUUCAUGUCAACUGUGCACAGAAGCUAGACAAAAAAUUGAUAAUAUUUCAGAAAUAUUGAAAUGUUUUGAAAACUCAAGCCAAUGCAACAAGCUUGACUUAAUGAAGCAUAACUACAGUAGACCUAUACUAUUGCAACAUUUUCCCUUGUAUAGAUUGUCUGAUGGAGUAUGCGCAGAACCUGACGCUCCGCCUUAUUCAGAACUAUAUAUACCUUUUAGACUAAAAAUUGAUGCAUUGUCUAAGGAAGCAACUGAAGAUCUUGUUUUCAAGUUAAAACCAAGAGUAGCAUUUGAUGGGCAUACUCACUAUGGAUGUUUGCUACAUCACUCUUAUCAUAAUAAUAAUCAGAAUAUUGAUUUCUUUGAAUAUACUGUACCAUCAUUUUCAUGGAGAAAUAUCAUGGAACCAAAGUAUAUGCUAGUGACAUUUACACCGAAUUCAUAUGCAGUGAAUAAAUGCAGUUUACCCCGAGAAACGACAAUAGCCAUUACGGCUGUGAUUAUGUUCUCUCUUACUUUCUUUUGUACAUAUCGAAAAAGGUUUCUCAGUAGAAGAAUAGCACAAAUAAAAAAAUAUAAUCUUAUUACUUAAUUUACUUAUUUAUAUGUAAACAACGUUGUAUAUUAUGUUAUAUAAUAAAUAUCUAAGUAUUGU